AGAAGCCUAAACAGAGAUGCAAAUAUAGUAGAAGAGGUUUCUGAGACCAAAAGAAGCAGAGAAGAAGAAGUGAAGAAAACAGAGAAAGAUCAUGAGAAAACAAAAACGGUGCCGCUUUACAAGCUCCUUGCUUUUGCAGAUUCCUUUGAUUUUCUCUUGAUGAUCCUCGGGACGCUUGGAUCUAUUGGAAAUGGUCUCAGCUUCCCUAUCAUGACCAUACUGUUCGGAGAUGUAGUAGAUGCUUUUGGACAGAAUCAGUCUAGUUCAAAUGUUACAGACCAAGUCUCCAAAGUAGAUCAAAUGAUGCUUUCUCUUAACUUGAGAUCGAUUUUAACUGUUGCUAAUAAUAUGAGUUUCUUAACUCACUCACUCAACAGAAUUGUCUGGUUGGAUGAUUUCUGGAGAAAGACAAGCAGCAAGAAUACGGAGUAUGUAUCUAAAGACAAUACUAAGACAAGAUAUCGCCUUUUUCGACGUGGAUACAAAUACCGGAGAAGACGUUGGAAGAAUGUCCGG